CACAAUUGGCGUUUUCCCGUCCGAACUCGCCCCUUCUCCUCCCAAAACCUCGGGAACAUCGGCAUGUCGCCAUCCUCGGCUCCAUCGGCACUAAAAUCUAGAACAGACCCAAAUCGGCGUGGCCGCAGUCAGGGGCAGGCCGUCGUUAGAAAUUCGGCAGGCUUGGUUUACAUGUGAAUACGUGUUCUUUAAGGGGUCUAUGACUCUAAAUGUGUCUCUUGGAGGUCCAUCUUUCGGCGUCAGGACAGCCUUGCCAAGCAGAGAGGUUCGAACAAGCUGUGGUGUGGCAGUUCUUGGAUUCGGGACCCGAAGGCUUGUCCUGCGCCAAGCCGCUCUCUCGAACUCGGCCAAGGGCUUCCAUUUGUCUUGGCGAUCUUUCACCUUUCCUUUUUUGGCACUCAUCUCCACGAGCUAACGAGCACCAUGCCUUUGGAGUAUUCGCCUUACGUCCAAACCGCUAUAACAAUUCAGCAAUCUCAUUAUGUCCCGGAGCAAGAGCGAAGUACAGCCCUGAUUUGGGCUCUCAGCAGGAGCGAAUGUUCGAAUGCAGCUCACCCACGAUUCUUAUCUCUCCUGUCACUGCCGACAUUUCGCCAACGCCUCAGACCCCGCCGGCAAGCGCUUGCCACCCCAUGCCCAAAGGCCAAAACAGGUCGAGAAUCCGACUACCUUGAACAAUUGUCAUGUCUCGAGCGGCUUCUGCGCCCAGCCGAUGGUGGGCGGGUUCGCACCAUUAAACACGACAAAGGCGGCCUUGAGGGCGACGUCGCCCCAGAUGUUGAUGCCGAGCGAGCUGCUGCUCUGCAGGCCGCCAAAGCAUGUCGACGACGUGGGCGACACGCGCGUGUAGUUGAUGUAGGACGGCGGAAUGGUGAAGCGGGUCGAUCCGAUGCCAAAGGUAAACGACGGAAGCGU